CAGAAAGGGAGGCCGAGCAGUUUCGGGGCGAGCCUAGUGAGAGCAACUGAAAGCAAAUCAAAUGAUGCUGACGAGGCCAUUGGCUUGCGCUGGCUUGCGUCCUCGUGCCCGCAGCGCCAGACGUUGGACCUCGCUCGAGCAGCUAUGGUGCUCGGCUCCCGAGUUCCAGAUCUGUAAAUCUUUCUCCUCCUGCGCUACUCCCACUCCCAGGCCGCCCGUCGUCAACGCUAUGGCUCCUGCCUACAAGGGACCCUCUGUCGCUGUCGUCGGGGCCGGAGUAGCGGGAUGUGUCUGUGCUUCCACACUUGCGGAAAGAGGGAUUCCCGUGACCCUUUUUGAAAUGGGUCGUGGUCCGGGUGGCCGAAUGUCACAACGGAGGGAGACUACCAGCGACGGAAAGGAAUUGUUCUUUGAUCACGGAGCCCAAUAUUUUACGGUCAAGUUUCCGGCUGUCCAGAAACUAGUGGACCGAUGGCUAGCUUCGGGACUUGUCAAGGAAUGGAGUGGAAAGUUUGGUUCUUUUGAUCGUGUUAAAAUGUCUUUCCAGGAUGAAACUUUUGAAGAUGAUUCUCCAAAAUACGUCGGCGUUCCUGGCAUGAAUAGUAUUUGCAAGGCAAUGUCGAAGCAACCUGGUGUUACGACUGCAUACGGUACAACGGUAGGCUCCUUAACCUGGAAGGAAGGGAAUGCUUUGGGUGUCUGGCAUCUGGGAUCAAAGAAUGGAGAUAAUCUAGGAUCAUAUGCAGCUGUUGUUGCUGCUGAUAAGAGCCUUGCUUCUGAGCGCUUCACCGCAUUGACUGGACUACCUCCUCCUCUAGAGAAAGCUGGUGUACCAGAUAUAUAUGCGAAAAUGACAAAAUUAAAAUCCGUAUCGGUUUUGACGGUUAUGGUGGCAUUCGCUGAGGGCCUCGCAUCGGUUCCUUUUGAUAGAUUUACCAUUGAAAGAUCAAAUCUCCUGGCAGGUGCGGUGCGAGUCAGCAGUAAGCCAGGUCGGGAGGUCGUAGAGAACAGUGAAUAUUGGGUACUACAUUCCACUAUAGAGUAUGCGAAACAGAUAAUUGAGGAGGAGGGAUAUUCGAAGCCUUCUAGUGAGUCAUUGAACAAAAUCGCAGAUACUCUUUUUCAGGAGUUUAAGGAAAUCGUUCCUGAGGCUCCAACGCCAUUCUUUAUGAAAGCACAUCGUUGGGGUUCUGCGUUUCCUGCCCAAGUUGCUGCUCAAGAAGAGAAAUGUCUGGUUGAUCCAAGUCGGAGAAUCGCAGCUUGUGGUGACUACUGCGUUGGUCCUCGUAUCGAGUGUGCGAUCCUUAGUGGCCUAGCUGCUGCCGACAACAUCCAACGCCUCCUGGAGGUCUCUGGGUCCAAAAUCUAACUUUCUUUUGUUGUACUAUUGGUCUUUAUAGAGGUUAACAGCGAGUUUCAUCAACAAAAUGAGUACAGUACAUUCUUUUUCUCCUGGAAAAGGUUUCAGAGUCUCAUGAUGCCCCUAUCGUAAAAAUUAUUUCCGUUAUUGCGGUGGUGAUACCUUGAGCUUCUUUUC